AUGAUCAAGGACCUGAUUCAUGAAUCCGCAUACAAUCUAUACGACGCGACACCUGGACCUGUCGAGGCUGAGCGAUUACUCAAGUCGCGAUUCCUAAACGGGUUUCAUGUACCGCUCGCCCAUGACAUCAGCCUUGGGGGCGAUAAAUUCAAAGAAUUAAACCACUCGGGUGGCGCGGAUACCUCGGAGCCUGAAGUUCUACCCGCUCUGAGAUACCUGGCGGCACCGGACGCUUAA